ACCGCCCAUCACACACCCCAGCACACCAGCGCAGGAAACUUAUAACCCCGGGAGGCCGGCCCUCCCCUCACUGUGGUCACAAACCUCCCGAAGAGUGGUUGCCGGUCACCAGCUCCUGCCACUCAGGGCACCUUGGUCGCGGGACCUUCAGAACUCUCUUCGCUCACAAGCCAUCGGAAAGCCAACAUGUUGGUGUUACUGGCUGGUAUCUUUGUGGUCCACAUCGCCACCGUCGUCAUGCUGUUCGUUUGCACCAUUGCCAAUGUCUGGGUGGUCUCAGAUGCGGGACAAGGAUCUGUCGGUCUUUGGAAAAACUGUACCAGUGCUGGCUGUACUGAUACCCUGUUAUACGGCGGUGAAGAUGCCCUCAAGGCGGUGCAGGCCUUCAUGAUCCUGUCUAUCAUCUUCUCUGUCGUCUCCCUCGUGGUCUUUGUGUUCCAGCUCUUCACCAUGGAGAAAGGCAAUCGCUUCUUCCUCUCGGGAGCCACCAUGCUGGUGUGCUGGCUGUGCAUCAUGGUGGGGGCCUCCAUCUAUACUCAUCAUUAUGCCAACGGUUCUAAAAACCAAUACUGGACGAGUCACCAUGGCUAUUCCUUCAUCCUCGCCUGGAUCUGCUUCUGCUUCAGCUUCAUCAUCGGCGUUCUCUAUCUGGUCCUGAGAAAGAAAUAAGGCGGCAGCGUUAUUGGGAAUCUGGGGGGUGGGGAGGAGGGAGCCCUUGAAUCUGGGAGGGGAGCAGAAGUCACUAAGCCGGAAAAAGAAAAACCAAGAGAGGGAUGGGGGGGAGGGGAAGGAAGGGGGGAGGGGCUGAAACCCAAACAUUGUUGAGGGGGUCCUAUACUGUUCAGCCCCUGCCCUGGGGGAAAGCCAUUGGCUGCGAUGGACACUCCCUUGAUAUGGGCCAGAGGGCCUUUCUCCAGCCGCCAGGCUUGGCCUCCAGCUGUUCUCAGUUACACACACGGCCUGGGGCCCCAGCAGCUGCCACAUCACUGGCUCCACUUCUGAAGGGGAAUUCAGUCCUCAGACCCACUGCACCAAGUUAGCAUAGCGGUACAAGUUCCCCGCCAGGGCAGAUAUUGCUUUUGCGCGGAGUAGGCCAAGCCUGGAAGCCAUCCUGCCCUUCCGACCCAAAGCAAAACAGCAGCGUCUGAAGGGCCCGCAGGAGGACUUUGACCACUGAGCCAACCAUCCCUCUUUGGAACAGAUCUUUGGCUCUGCGGAAUUCAGUGGUAUUUGUGACAAGAUGGGAGGAAGAGAGAUAGGGAUUAAGGCCAAGGUGGUGGGUCAGCGAAACCGAGAAAGAGACCUUUUCCCAGUGGAAGGCCUGGGGUGCGGUCAGAAUCCGGACCAAGACCUCACACAGCUGUCCCCUCCCGGAGACCUCUUGCUACAGACUUUGCUGGGCCUCUUGCUUAAAGCCAAGGCAGCUCUUUGGAGUUUCUGUAAAGCUACUAAUGACCAAUUCAGUGGUGGAACACACCACACAAAUUAUGGGAACAAGGGGUAGACUUACAGCAGGGCUAUAUUAGGGGUAUGUUAUGAAGAACCUCUCUCUGUGCAAUCAAUGUUUAAGUAUAUAAUGUGAGAGAGAUGGAUAUCGAUCCUUGUAACACCAUCUGUUCCUCUCCCUCUAAAUUAUACACGUUGAGGAAGUUUUAUCUAAUUUUCCACGUUGGGGAUCAGGGCUCCCAGGUUCAGAGACAACUCUGGCUUUGACAUCAGCUGGAGCGGCCGCUCUUCAGUAGGCCUGCUGGUUCUGCAACACAGGCGAGGCAAGGCAAUUCUGAAAGCUUCUUAACACACACGUGGACCCAAACCAAAGAACAGAUCCUUAGGUGAAAGGUGCUAUAUAAUUGUCAAGUAUUAAGCAUAUCAGAUGUCAGUCACAACAGGAACAGAGUGUCUACAUUCCCAGGAAAGGAAGAAAAUUUCCAUGAGAGAAAUACAAAUAAUAGGUGAUGGGCAGAUAUUUUCCUUAAAAAAAAAAUUAAUCUAAAAACUCUUGUGGUACCCAAGUCAGAUGGUAGUUGAGCUUGUCUGUUACCACAGGAGAAUUUCCAUAUAGGACAUAGAUGUAUACAGUAUGGUAUUCCUGGUUAAGCAGGCAUUGCUCUGGCCUGGCACAGCUAUUUUAAGCCAUCUCAGAUUCUGCCUGAAGGGUUUUUAUUUUUAUUUUUGGUGGAAGACAUUUCCUUUACCAAUCUGAGAGCUGCCCUAGGGAGAAUCUGAGAUAUCUUGCCUGCUUUCCUUCUCCUAGCUCCCUCUUCAUCUUAUUUCUUAGAUAUUUUUCCUCUUGGGGAGUUGUUAUGCCACAAUUGCUGGUAUUUAUGUAAAAGGAUUAUUACUAAGUACAUUUCUUUAGGUUCCUUCUGGUUAAGGGGAUGUUGAAGGUGGGCCACCAAAUUGUCUGGGCUGGGGAUAAAGCAGUUGGCAAGCAAAAACUAUGGGAUGAUGAACUUUUCAAUUAUGAUUUAAUGAUCACAUGAGUAUAGAAAGCUGUUUUGAGUGCUGAAACAGACUUACCUAUCAGAUAUAUCCAAAAGAGAUUCUAUGUUAAAAAGUCAGACUAUGAUUGGAGUGAACCAUGUAUUCCCUUGUCUUUUACUUUGUUUCUGUGACAUUUAUGUUUCAUGUAACUUGCAUUAUGUUGGUGGGUUGUUCUAGUACUGUAUUUGGCUUCUUCUUUAAUAGAUUGAUAUUUCAUAUACUAUAAUUGUAAAUAUUUUGAUACAAAUGUUUAUAACUCUAGGCAUAUAAAAACAGAUUCUGAUUCCCUUCA